AUGGAUAUAGAAAAAUCUCUUAAUUUUAUGGAUUCAGUAAUAGAUCAUAAAAUGAAAACUUCCAAUGAACUCACCAAUCCAAUUUCAUGUAAUAAUCCAUUAUAUCGUAUCUUAGUUGGUACUGUUAGAGGAAUUGCAGUUAUUAUGGAACAAAUUCUUGUUGAUUGGGCAAAGCGAAAGUAUACAAUUGAUAAUUGGUUAGAUUGUGUUAGAGGAAGAAAAGAUCCACAAGACAUUAUAGAUGAAAAACAGUUAGAUUUCUUUGAUAAUAUUGUCUUAGAUCCAUUUUUCCGACUAGAUGAAGAAUCUUUCCUAAAAUUUAUUUUACAUAUGCAUCUGAUUACAUACAGAUUGCCGGAUUUGAUUGGAAUUCAUCAAAUGACCAUUAAAGAAAUUUACUUUGGGUGUCUCUUGGCAUCAAAUGAAAUAUUAUCCAAGACAAUUGACAUCCAAUCUAAUGUAAAUUAUAGAUCAGAACCCUUAAAAAAGAAAAAACAUGAUCCCGAUAAUCCAUUCACUUGGAAUAAAUUAAUUGACCGUAAAAAAGUAUCUGUUAUCACAACAGGCCGUUUCAUCAUGUUCGUUCGUAGUCGUAGUGGAUCAUCUGACUCACUAACAUCACAUGCAGAAGAGCAGUAUAAAUUUAGUUCUGCUAUUGAAUCAGGUUUUCCUGUUCAUAAAAUACCUACAGGAGAGUUUACAUUGGAAGAUUUUAAAAAAGAAUUAAAGAAGGCUACGGAAGGUUGUGAAUGUUUUAUAGUGAUAACUGUAAAGCGGUUUUUACAUGAAGUUAACGAGCUUCCCUCAAGAGUCUCAAGAGACUUAACAACAAGAACUAGCAUUGUGUUUGGAGAUCAGUUUUUGGAGUUUAUGGGAAUAUACGGAGACUUUACAAGAUUUAUUGCUGGAGAAGUAUCGGAUGAGAGGGAGGAAGAUAAAGUAUUAGAAAUGAUGAUGGAUGUGGGUAAGGAAGAAUCAGAAAUGAUAGUUGAUGAUUAA